AUGGGCUAUGCUAGGGGCUAUGACGACGAGCUCUUCCAGGCGUGGAGGGACGGCGAGAUACGGCGAAAGGACUUGCCGGAGGAGGUGGAGGCUAUGGCUUUGGACCUUUGCGAGAGGUGGCGAGCGGAGCAAGAGCGCCCCAACCAGGCCCCAACUCUUGCCGUCUUCUGUGUCGGGUUGUGA